UUUUAUCAUCAUCAUCAUCAUCAUCGUUUAUAUUUAACUAAUAGUAAUAAAAAUCAUAAGAUCUUAUCUUGUCAAUAAAGAAAACUGUGUGUACCAAAUAUUUGUAAUCAAUCACUAUAUUUAUCCAUAAAUCAUUCGUUCUAGUUUAUGUUUUUCAUCAAAGUCAAAGUUAUUAUUAAAAUAGUUUUGAAUUUUCUAAAUGUCCACAAUAUUGAAAAAUAAUUUUAAUUCGGCCAUCAUUGGCAUUGGUCAUCCAUUAUUUGAUCUUAUCGUUACGAAUGUUGAUCAAGAAUUUCUUCAUCGUUAUCAACUUGAAUCUGAUAAUGCAAUAUUGGCUGAUAAUGAACGUCAUCAAAUUUUAUGCGAUGAAUUGAUUGAAAAUUUUAAUGAUAUUCAAUUCGUACCAGGUGGUUCAAUACAGAAUACUAUACGUGUUGCACAAUGGUUUUUUGAUCAACCAAAUGUAUGUACAAUUUUUGGCUGUAUAGGUAAUGAUGAUUUUGGUCAUCAAAUGAAAUGUAAAAUUGAACAAGAAGAUCACGUUAAAUCCAUUUAUUGUAUUGAUAAUACAAGACCUACAGGCAAAUGUGUUUGUUUGAUUAACGUUGAUUCAAAUGGUAGUCAUCAUCGAUCAUUGGUCACAUUUCUAGACGCUUGUCAUGGUUUCCGUAUGGAAAUUCUUCAACAAAAUCUUUCAUUAUUCAAUAAUGCACGUAUUAUUUAUACAUCUGGAUUUUUUUUGAUUUCAAAUCCUGAUUGUGUACAAUUGUUGGCCGAAUUAUGUCGAAAAUCAUCAAACGAUAUUAAAUUUGCUUUGAAUUUAUCUGCAUCGUAUGUGGUGAAAAAUCAUUCACAACGUUUACUACAAAUUUUUCCAUACGUAGAUCUUUUAUUUGGAAAUGAAAACGAAGCCUUCGCAUUGGCCGAAACACUUGAAUGGGAUAAAGAUGAUAAAAUUGAUGAUAUUGUGGAAAAAAUGGCCCAUCUGGAAUCAAAGAAAACCAAUCGAACAGUGAUCAUUACACAAGGACCAGACGAAAUCAUUGUUGUAUCAACCAAUUCUUUUGUUCAAAAAUUUCCUGUACCAUCAAUACCAACCGGUGAGAUUAUCGAUACUAAUGGUUCUGGAGAUGCAUUUGUUGGCGGAUUUCUUGCCUACCAUCUGACCGGACAUUCAAUGAUCGAUUGCAUCAAUGCUGGCACAUAUGCAGCACAACAGGUGAUACGAUGUUGUGGUUGUACAUUGCCCGAAUCCAACGAACUUCGAUUAUCAAAUUGAUCAAUUUUUAUUACCAUUAUUAUCAACAAGUUUUUUUUUUUUACUUGGUCACAAUAAUAAAUCAAUUAUAAUGAUAUCAUGGCAUUAUGUUUGCACGUGAUAAUAAAAAUUCUAGAUUAAUCCUCUUGAAAA